GACACAGUGACCGUUUUAGCGGUCGAGGGCUCGGGCCAUGCACCACUACCGCGUGUUAGUGCCAAUUGUGUUCGUACUCUAUCAGCUGGUCGCAGCGUUCGCGAACACCGCACCGGCCGUUACCACCGAGAGUAACCUCAAUUUCGCCGAAACCGUUUAUGCGAAACUUUCGAGCGCUUGUAGAGCAAUAAUGGAUCUUAGAUAUAACGCCAUGAAUGACAAAAAAGAGCUUAUAAAGACUAUGAAAAUAAUACAUAUAAAAGGCGAUAAAACGGAAACGUUUCCUAUUGACUCCGCAUAUGUAGCACUUACCCAGCCGUCAGUAUAUGAUAUUACUAAACAAACAAAGAUUAUCGUUCAUGGAUACAAGGACAAUUCACUAUCUGAAGUUCCCAUGGAUUUGGCGCAUGCUUAUAACGAAAAGAAAAUGUUUAACGUAUUAUUGGUGGAUGCAGAGGACAUGAUUAACAAGUGGUAUGUGCUAUCCGUCCACAAUGCUCGCCUAGUCGGAAAGAGGCUUGGAAACCUGUUAGCUAAUUUAGAAAAUUAUGGAGCAAAUGCUGAAGAUUUCCACAUAAUCGGUAUAAGUCUUGGUGCUCAUAUCGCUGGAUGGGCCGGAAAAUAUUUCCGACAGUAUAAAGCGCGCAGUAUAGGACGGAUAACAGGAUUAGAUCCAGCAGGACCUUGCUUCUCUUACGCAUACAGCGAUCAGAGGCUUGAUAAAACAGACGCCGUGUAUGUGGACGUUGUACAUUCAAACAGGCUACUUCAAGGAGUGAUAGAACCGUUGGGGCAUGCAGAUUUUUAUAUUAACGGAGGCGGACCCGGGCAGCCUGGUUGUUUUAUGCCGUCCUGUAGUCAUUUGCGAGCAGCUCAAGUGUAUAUAGAAAGUAUCCGAACUCCUAAAUCGUUUGUGGGUGUGCAGUGCGAAAAUUGGGAUCAAUUUCUGAAGAACUCGUGUGAUAAAAAUGAUUAUGCCAUUCUCGGGUACGGGUCAUCGAGCAGUGCCCGGGGACUUUAUUAUUUACGCACUGCGUCUAAAUCUCCCUUCGGCCUCGGUAUCAAUGGCGUUACAUACGUAAAAAGGAAAGUGGACCCUUGGCUAGAAAAUUUACAUAUCACUUAAUUCUUGUUAUAAAAUUCUAGCUUACUUAUUAAAUUGAUGCCAUACUGUUAACAAAGUUUUGGUCUUUCAUUUCCAAGUUAUCUGUCGAAAUGUAGGUUGCUUGUAUUAUGUUCGCAUAUCUUCGCACGUAACGAAACUUGUUAAGAGAGUUUAUAUUGCAAUCAAAUUUCGAGAAACUUCGUCGAUAAAAUCACUUUGUAAUUACCUAAUAAUGUACUGGAAACUUGAAGUCUUGCUAAAUUGUUAGAGAUUUC